AAUACACGUGGAAAUGCGUCACUGUUCGGUGCUGUCGUGUGGCAAUGUGUAUCGGGUGGCUGCUGUACCCGCCCUGGCGCUAGCAAGCGGAACAGAAAACGUGCGAGCGGGUGGCAGCCAGAAGACAUAGAGUGAAGCGUUCCCUCGCAAGAACCUGGCUGUGUAUGUCUACAGUUUGUACCCUGUAGCCUCCACUGACAGCUUCUACCCUCAGUAGACAGUAGGUGUCCACCUGCAGUCUCAUCCCUCAGCAUGCCCUGCUGUGGUGACGGACACAAAGUACACGACGUCGAUGAGAAACCUGACAGCAAGUAUGGGACUCCUAGGCAGCACAACCCUCGGGAGAAGGUGCCUUGUAAAAGCAGAUCAUGCACGGAUAUUCUCUGCUGCAUUAUCUUCGUAAUUUUUGUCCUCGGCUUCGUCGUCUGCGCCAUUAUAGGUUUCGCAAGAGGGAACCCCAUUAAGCUGGUUUAUCCGACAGAUAGUUAUGGCAAUGUCUGUGGUGACGGCGCAUACUCGACGAAGCCAUACCUGUUCUACUUCGACAUGCUGCAAUGUGCCAAAAUGGGUGUCUCCGUUGUUGUCAAUGGCUGUCCAACCUCUCAGGUGUGUGUCAGCACGUGUCCCACCAGGUACUGGUCAUACGUGCAGACGAUUGCUGUCGAAGCUGCUGGUGGUCUGUCGAAAACAGAACGAGAACUGUUCAUCUGCAAAUACAAUGUCGACCCACAAGCAACGCUGUCUGUUAAUACACUGAUAGACAAUGGAGACUGCGCUGCCUACUACGUCAAAUCUACCCCGGUCAUUAACCGCUGCAUCCCUUCAGUCUUUACGGACUUCACAAACUGGGCAGUCGCCAUGACAUACGCAGACAACAACAGAACCUACAGCAUCGAGAGCGACAACGGCGGCAACGUCACUGCUAGCGGUCUCAGUGAUGCGUCAUAUUACCUGGCGAUGUUCUACAAGGUGAGAGAGUUUGUGGAGCUCGUGUACAAGGACGUGGUGGCAUCGUGGUGGAUGAUACUGGUAGGUUUUGGUGUGGCCCUCGUGCUGUGCUUGAUCUGGAUUGUGCUGAUGAGAUGGAUUGCCGGCAUCAUGGUUUGGCUCACCAUCGCCCUUCUGUUCGGUCUCAUCAUCUUCGGUACGUACUACUGCUACAACCAGUACUACACCCUGAAAAAUGUGAACGCCACCACAGAGAUCGGUGUUUCGCAAGCCUUUGCGACGAACUUCAACUACUACCUGUCUCUGAAGCAAACAUGGCUAGCUUUCGGCUGUACCUUGGCAACGGUCUUGUUGAUUCUCGUCUUGCUGUUUAUCUUCCUUGUCGCCCGCAUCUGUAUCGCUGUCGAGCUCAUCAAGGAGGCCAGCAGGUACAUCAUUCCAAUGCUGAUCAUGCUCUUCAUGCUUCUGUGGAUCGUAAACUUCUUCAUAGCAAUAGGAGAUAUGACUCUUGCGGGUGCUUUUUCCUCCUAUUACUGGGCCUGGAACAAGCCGGACGAUGUCCCAGCCUUCCCUGUUACCGCCUCCCUCUACAGGAGUCUCAGGUAUCACAUGGGUUCAUUGGCGUUCGGAUCCUUUAUCAUUGCCGUGGUGCAACUGGUGAGGAUCAUUCUGGAGUACAUAGACUACAAGAUGAAGGGCUCAAAGAAUAUAGUGGCCACGUUUUUCAUGAAGUGCCUGAAGUGCUGCAUGUAUUGUCUAGAAAAGUUUCUGAAGUUCAUCAACAAGAAUGCCUAUAUCAUGAUCGCAAUGAGGGGACGGAACUUCUGCUUCUCUGCGAAAGACGCCUUCUGUCUGAUCAUGAGAAAUGCUGUCAGGGUGAUUGUUCUGGAUAAAGUCACUGACUUUCUGCUCUUUGUGAACAAGCUUAUUAUUACGGGAGCAAUAUUCGUCGCCUCCUUCUUCUGGUUCAGAGGCAGCAUACCCUGGUUCAGCAGUUACGUGAAGGUUCCAGAGCUGAACUAUUACCUGACCCCAGUGAUUAUGUUAACACUCGGGACGUACUUCAUGGCCUGUCUCUUCUUCAGUGUCUACGCCAUGGCUGUCGACACGCUCUUCCUUUGCUUCUUGGAAGACCUUGAGAUGAAUGAUGGAAGUCCAGAAAAGCCGUACUAUAUGAGCAAAGGCCUGAUGGUCAUUCUGGGAAGAAGAACAGGAGUGUCAAGGACAGCAAGUGACGGUCUGGAUUGUUGGGAAAAAUAAACCAGACAAUGCCGAGAAGGCACCGGACGAUAAUGAAAGCUAGGACGACACAAGAACAGUGAACACUUGGUAGCACAAAGGAACAUAAUUAUGAGUCCCUGAUAGGGAUUUUUACCAAAAAUGAUGAUGAUGAUGACGAUGAUGAAGAAGAAGAUGAAGAGGAGAAUAUCAAUGAUGACAAAUAAAAUUUCUUUUCCUCCUCAUUUUUCUUCCAAUUCCAUCAGAAAUGAAGUUCAGAAAAAAUUGACCCUUCGGAAUGUGUAACUGAUAUUUAAGGGUCUCUUGGCUAUCUCACAAAACUUCCCUCGUCUAUCGCCUCUCCCGUCAAUACGUGAGUUUUCACGCCUGUUUAACUCGCCCACACAUGUGGUCUCAAUUCGUUUUAUUACUUAAUUAUGUUAAAUAAGCUCAUUAAAUCGUGUCGUUCAUGCGAUUAAAUUCGCAAAUGAUGUUUGGUGUACCACUAUUGACAGACUAACACAUUCAUAAUAUAUAUAUAUACAACCUUAACUCGCUACCUCUAUAAUCCCACCUCUCGGCAUACCUUUUGGCUGAACGGAUUUUUCCUAAAUUCCAACCUCCCCACUCCCAUACCCCCCCCCCCACCCACACACACACACACAUCUCUAAAUUCCCCCAAAUGUCUAUUAUACCCUCUUUACCUUCCAUCUUCGGAAGAAUUUUUAGUCCAGCGCAGAAUUCUUUAGACCUGAAUAUUUAUGCCCACAUUGUAAAAAUAUGUCAUACAAACAAGCAAUUAACUUUACACUACCCCUGAAAGAGAUCGCGAAUUUACCUGCUACUAUAAUGUAUUUUUUUCAUAGAGGUGAAUGUAAAGGGUUACUCAUUACUAAAAUUUCCGUCCUGAGCAGAGAUGAAGGUUUGAAAGUUGUUUAACUCGUUUGUCUUCAGUUGCUCUUUUACGUUGACACUGCUGCAAUGAUGAUACUGAAAUAAACUGCACAUUCUUGCCUUGAAAUCUGUAAAUACAUUGUUGUGAUAUUAAAAAAUAUUUGUACGCUCUUUGCUUUUUAA